AUGAAAAAGUACUUGAACCGAUUCUGGGGGUCUGCUGAUGGAUUUGAUGGGAAGACAACCCUGAAACAAAUCUCAAACUCAGAGAAUUUAUCAAUUCAGAGGGUUAGCAAAGACAAGGGGGGAGUAGGCCUCAACGGAACGAGUAAACGGGAUGAAGAUGGUUUCGGCGAUCAAGGUAAACUCUUCUUACAGGGUUACAUCGAGCGAAAGUCGAACAAGAACGGAUUCCAGAAGAAGUGGAAGGUCCAAUACUUCGUGCUCAAAGACUCCAGGCUCCGUUACUACAAAGACCAAGUUAAUUACUUGGAUGGUGAGCAGGAAAAAGGAGAGAUAUACUUGAAUGGCAUAAGCAUAAAUUUCGGUGCAACCAAGGUCAACAUGUCAGGAAAUCCUAGAUACGUCAUGUUGUGUGAAGAUAGAUGGAAGAAAAAAGUCUUUGUUCUGGCAUUCACCUCCGAACAAGAGAGAAAUACUUGGUACGAAGCGCUCCAGAUAGCUGUAUCAUCUGCCUCGGCUCCAGAAAAGAACGUGAAAGCAUCGAAAAGCACUUCUCAGCGCAAGAGUUCAUCCCCGUCAAACAAUCGCCAGAAUUCUCUUUCUUCUGUUAUGGAUUUCUUAUCGGGUUCCACAUUCCAAUUGCCAUUUGCUUCUAGGAAGCCGAAAUGUAACUUUUCAGAAUCGGAUAGAAACACUCAGACCCAUUCGAAGGUUGCGAAUCUAAUGCUCGAAAUAGUCACGCAGAACCCUCGGAAUGACAAGGAUGUAAAUGUUUAUAUCAAAUCAUCGAAGGGAGGUCGAUAUGGGGUUGAGUUGAUUUGUGAAGGACAUCAUGACAACCUUUGGACAUACACCUGGACGUACAACAUCGACUACGUGCAGCUGAAUUGUGAGUCAAGGGCUCGCCGUAUUGUCGUUGAUUGGAACAACAAGUGUGCCUGGAUCAAGGGAGACAUUGAGAUAGACGAAGAGUACGAUGAGGAGUUUGGAGACUUGAUGCAUAUCUACAAGGAACACGACUGUCUGUUGAUUCACUCAACGAUUCCUUUCUCUCCUCGCUGGAAUUGGAUAGUCGGGAAAAGCGACCCCCAGAGGCCGUACAAGAUUUCCCUCAAGGACAGUCUGUCGGGAUCUGAAAAGCAAGUCACUCUUCCGUUGCAAAUUUCCCAUGGGGGCCACACUGUUGCUGCCUUCAGUGCAAGCAAGACUGAAGCAUUGCUGUCUUUGAUGGAGCGACCUACGCACGAACUCCAAUACGACAAGACAGCUUUGGCGAGUGGAGUCACUCAGUCCCAAAGACGACUCAAAGUUGCGUCGGUGAAGACCUAA